CGGCGAACCCGGAAAUGAAAUCGGGCUGGGAGUUUGGCGAAGCUCUCUCCCAAUUCCUCUGCAGAUGAAAGAAACUGAACUGUAAAGCGAACAAAACAAGAUGAAGCUCUCCCUCAAGGUUCACGACCCCCGCCGUUCUCCGCCACAACCGCAGCAGCUGAGCAACCACCAGAACCAUCUCGAAACUCGGCCACUCCUUCUCAGAGCUAAAAUCCCGAUUGCCAUUUUCAACCUCCCUUUUAUUUCUGGCUUCACCACAACCACUCAACACCCUUCUGACUUAUCCGUCUCCCUCGCCACCAACUUCUCCUCCGGCCCGAAUCUGAAACUCGCCUAUACUGCCUCGUCUUCCUCAUCAAGCUCCGCCGCACCUCCGCUAACACUGUCUCUCAAAUCGGGAAUCGGCGUUUUCGGGUCUCCGAAGAAUUCCCCUCUUAUCAUUUGCGCCAGUUUCUCGUUGUGCCCACUGAACCCCCAGCCCGCCCCGACUUUCACUUUACUCCUCAAACCUCAAUUUGGUUCUUUUUCUCUGAAGAAGGCUACUUCUUCCAACCCUAACCCUAGUCCUAAGCACAACGGUUUGUCAAAUUCAUUUGGGUUUGUUCCAUUGGACAGACCUACGAAUUUCAAGGACUUCUCCUCGGUUCACAAUGGAAAAGAGUCGUUAGUUAAGGGGGUUUCCAUCAUGGCCAGGACUGAAAUGCAGAUAACAAAGAAGGCGUUGAUUAGUUUCCGGUGGGGUGUGAAUUUGCCGGAGGAUUUGGGGAAUCGAAUGCCAUAUCUGAAUCUGAAUAAGGUUCGGGUUGAGAGGGUUGACGAUGAGGUUAAGGAGCUGAAGAAGGAGAAGAGUUGGAGUGACGUGGAGUUGUUGAAAGGGAUGUGUUUGUGGAUGAAGAAGGAAUUGGAUUCACUGCAGAGAGAGAACAGAGAGAUGACAGCAAAGUUGGAAACUAUGAAAACUGGGCAUUUUCUGAAAACAGGCAGUUCUAAGGAAGAGUGUGUUGGGAAGAAGACAGUAGCUCCCAUUGUUGAGAGCUCAAGUGGUCUUGAGCAGUGGAGGAACAAAAAGAAUUAUGGGGGCGACAAUGGGAAGAAAGAGGUCAAGACAAAAGUGACUAAUGAAAACAGGUCUAGUGAGCUUGAGAGUGAAUUGCAGAAAGCCCUGAGUGCUGCCACUGCUUCAUCAUCAUAAAAGAUUUGCUCCAAUAUGGCAAUAAGGUAGUGAAUAUGGAGGUAUGCCACUUUGGGAGUGUAUAUAUAUGAGCUUGCUUGAAAGUUUAAACUGAACUGAGAUUGUUUUAUUUCUGCAACUUAUGAUGAUGCUUUGAAAAUCAACUGCAUUAUUGAAAAAAGUACAUCAAUGGAAGCACAUAGAGAUUUGAGCAUAUUGCACUUGUAGCUUUUCUAGUCAAGACUGGGGCUUGAUAAACCUUUGGAACUACAGAUUAUAUUGAAUUUGUUAUUUGCUUCUUUGGAAAA